CACACCGGGGGCUCCGCUCUCGUCCUCUCGCUGCUCCUCUCUCGCUCGCCGCACUCCGCCCUUAUCAAAACAUUCCCGCACCGGGAUCGAUCCGCACGUCUCUACGUCGCAUCCUCCAGUGAUAACGAACGACCCUCAAGUGACUUUGUGACUCGAGUGCGAAUCCAUUCAGUGUUGUGAUCUAUGCCAUGUGAUUUUCAGUUACACUCGCCGAUCGAGAUCACAGGAGACAGUAUUCUAUUCGCUGAAGCGAUCACGUCGUUGUCUCAACAGUAGGCAAGCGUCGCCUGCGCCCGCGCCGCUGCCGCGCUCAUGUGCGCUGGUAUGAGAACAUGCGGCGCGUACGGUGCGGCGCGAUGGUUGCGUGAUCGGUCAUCAUGCGCCUCUUCCGCGGGCCGAAGCGCAGGGAAGUGACCGCUCCGCGUGCCGCGCCGCCGUCUCCGCGCAGAGACGCCUGCGCCGCUGCCGGGACGCAUGCGCACGCUCCUCCCGCGCACGACUUCACGCUCGUCACCGCCCUCCCCGCUAUGGUCAUGGAGGACGACGUACGGGAGAUGAAGAAGGUGUUCGCCACAUGGGGUCGCCGGAUGGGUAGAAAAUUGGACAUGCUAAAGAAGUCCGAUACGAAAGAAAUACUAGAGGAAUUACCAUCGAAUGAAAAUGCUAUUGAAGAACCCACAACCCCGAUUACAGGACAAUACAAGAAGAAAAAUCACUGGAAAAUGGGCCGCAGCAGCUCCGAAUCCACAUCACUAAAGAAAGAUAAUGAUACCGAUUCUAUUCGAAGUGGCUCUAGGGAUAGAUCUCCGAGUCCAUUCAAGUCUUUCUUCCAAAGAAUGGGCUCUACAGGAAUGUUGAAUUCUUCACUAAAAACUCAAUCUCUUAGCACUCAAAGGACAGCGGAAGCUUAUCCUGUAGCAAAUGGACCAUCGCUUUACCGCAGCUGUUCAACUUCCCAUUUAUCAACGUAUGUUAAGGCAGACGACCCGUCUGAUGACAUAGAUCUCCAGAACGCAGUUAACUCUAACAAAAAUUCACCUACUAAAAAUGAACAUUUUAUAUCGGAAGAUACAUUAGUCAACUCGUCGACUAAAGCUAUUAGUUGUGAUAACAUACCUAAUUUAGAAGGACAAUCUAAUAAUGGUAUGGGAAGUAAGAAACCAAAUUUCCCCUAUGCCUUUUUGAGAUCUAAACUCUCAGUGUUACCUGAAGAAAAUAGUAUGGCUUCACAACAGCGAGCCAGCUGUGUACGACAGAGCUUUUCGGAAAGAAUAGACCGAAAAUCACCGAAAUUUCGAAAGGAAAGGUUAUUCCUCACGAAUUCGAGAUCAGAGGAGCGAUAUCAAAGUAGUGACAGUAUAUCUGUCCAUGAAGACAAUAUGUUGCUUAAUAAUGCCUUGAGAAACGACUACGAUUUCGCAAGAAGCUCUUUGAGAAGCAUUAACGAAAUUGACGGAAACAUGUACCCGAUGCGACGCAUCGAAGACGUACCUCGUAGAUCCUCAAUGAUAUCUCAAAGGGCACCUUUAGCUUAUGAUCCGAUGCUUAUACCGAGAAAUAGAAACAGUUUACCGGUAUAUGAGUACAGUUCAGUUCUCGGCUUAUCACGAGAUCUGAAAACUGAACUCACAUCUUCUAAUCAAAGUAUACACCACGGAACAGAAACUGCAGAAGUUCUUCAAGCUCAUCGAUUAAGUAACUAUGUUAGUUCUAAUGAGUCUGGGUAUGACAGCGACGGUCGGCCUACAGAUGAACACAGUAACCAUUCGCCACCCGGAUAUGCAUGUCAUUUAUCUUCAGGCUCAGUGAGAGCUGAACCUAUCGAUAUGAAUUCCGACCACAACCAUGGAAAUUUCAUAAGGCAGUUAAGCUUUAAUCACAAGAUGAAUGUAAGCAGAGUUCACGUGCCAGCUCGAAGAAGUUCAACUCCUUGUGCGCUAUUCCCUAUUGACAAAGGACAUACUUACGAGUACGAAAAAGAUAACAGAGACAAUGCUAAUAAAUAUAAUCACGAUAAUAACAAUCCUCACAAGUUAUUAGAGCCCUGCGAUGCUAAACCACCACCGUUACCAAAGAAAACUUUAAACAAAAAGACACCUUACGUUUACAAGAAUGCUAGUUUAGAUGAACGUGUACAAACGAGAAAGCUGAGAUUUUUAAAUUCACAGCUACUUCCUGUUGAACAUUCAUCCACCCCAAACCUUGAUAACUGUUCACUGAAGUCGGAGCCAGAGUCUCAUCAAGUAUCUGAUACUGAUAUAUUUGGUAGAGGACCGUGCACGAAACGGUUUAGAAAAAUAAGACUUCUAAAGACCAGGUUAGAUGAAAGUCUCGGUGUAUACUUAGCACAACAUAGAGUGGAUUUUGAUAGUAGUGGUUCAAAUUAUGAAAUAAGAUACAUCGUCGUCAAACUUGAUUUCGAUGGAAUUGCGCAUAGAGAUGGCAGGCUAAGGAUAGGUGAUGAAAUAGUAAACGUGAACGGUAAAGUGCUUCGUGGGUUAUCUUCACUAAAAGAAGUUCAACAUAUCGUUAACUCAUGUUCGACUGAAGCUAAUCUGGAAGAAGGUGCAUUAUUUCCAAGGUAUCAAGUAGAUCUCGUGAUGGCACAUGACGAAAUUACUCCUAUAACAUUAAGCCGGAUAAUAAACAGCCAACACUGUGAACAAAAUGCGACAGCACAGUCUGCUUUAAAUAUUCCUCCAGAUAUAAUUUCACAAACUGUUCACAAACCGUCGUCGUCUAAUCAAAUAACCAUUGAAACUCAUUUUCCUAGUGAUAACCAGUAUAAUACCUACAACACAAAUAACAUCAGUGGUAAAACAUUAAAAGAAUCUUCUCAUGGAAAUUACACGGAGAAUCAAAAAUGUGAAGUGGGAAUACAAGUUAAUAACGGUCCUGUUCUCUCGAAUCAAAAAAGCGACGACGAAAAAUUACUUGAAAGACAUUGCUACACACAACCGUCAGCUUCCUUACAAAAUAUAACCAACAUAGAAAUAUCAAUGCGUUCUUCUCCUACGCCGAGAAAUGCACAAUCUAACAAUUAUAGGCCAAUAUCGAUCCACAAUUCUAGACCCCAGCCUGUUGCACAAUAUUCCGGAUGUCCUGACAAUGCCAACAAUGAAAUAAAAGAAAAUGCACCGCAUUACAUAAAACACGUGCCGAGAUUGUACCAGAACAGGUCGUAUGAGAGCAUACCUGAUCAACUGAGAAACAGCAGUCGGAGUAGAUUCUUCAGCAGGGUUGGGUCGCAGAGAUGUUCGCCGAACCAUGCUUCUCACGUAUCGAGACACCAGGAGUAUAGUGCCUCAUUGUACCACGAGGGUCAACAGGGCCACUACUCGCACAGUUUAGUACACAAAGUGGAGUUUUGGAAAGGACCAGGCCACAAGAGCUUGGGAUUUAGUAUAGUUGGAGGAACGGAUUCGCCUAAAGGACAAAUGGGAAUUUUCGUUAAGACUGUCUUUCCAAACGGUCAAGCGGCUGACAAGGGUACAAUCUUUGAAGGUGACGAGAUCUUGUCAGUUAACAAUGUGCCAACACGUGGAUUGAGCCAUGCUGGGGCCAUAUCACUUUUCAAACAAGUUAAAGAAGGAAAAAUAGAACUGACGCUUUCAAGAAGAAGAGCACCUAGGUCAAGAUCUGUAGAACCUCUGGGCAAUUUCCGCGGAGACGGUAAAAGGGAAUGAACGUGUUCCAGAACCCCAAAGAGACUAACACACUGAGUGCAAUAAUAAUAAUCAUACUUACACAUUUUGCCAAAGGCGAAACUUAUUUAGUUGGUAAUAACACUUGUACUUAUUGUAAUCACUUGUAAGGGCAGUAGUCACACUUCAUUGUUGCAACGAAUUAUUAGAAGCUUAUACCUACGUCUCACUUUAGCUGUGUAGAUAUUUAGCUAGACAUUCAAUUAUUGUAUCUAAUCUACUUUUAUGUGACGUAAUUUAAAAAGCAUGAAUGAAUAAUUAUGCAUCUAUAUUAGGUAUCUAUACAUAGACAUGUAACGUCUAUCACAUUUUUACGCUAAAUUAUUGUUAGCAUUGUAUCAUGUGGAUACUAUAAGACUGUAUGUACUGUAAUGUCUAUAAUGUCUAAUUUAAUUGUUGUAGUAUGUUUACGAUGACUAAUAUUGUUAAAUAUAUUAUGUAUUUCCAUAGGAAUGCUAGAUCUCGUUUUUGCUGUAAUAUCUAAUGCGUACCCAUGUAAAAUUACUUACUUUGUAACUUAGAUUAUCUUUUCAAACCUUACCUUCUUUUGAAAGCAAACAAUAUCAAAAUAUCUCAAAUAGACUGAUAUUUCUAACAAUCGAUUCAAGUACCUAUCACUGCCAAAGUCUUAGACAUUAAUGUGGAUAACAUAUUCACGUUCAGUUUACGUGUAAAUAACGUCCAUGAUGAAACUAUCUAGAUAUACGUGUAGGUCAGUAAAUCUCCGUUCAUCCCCAUUGAAAUCAAAGUUCAACUUGAAAUGCUUCCAUAGGUGUGAUGGUAGAGUAGGUAAUGAAAAUAAAUGUCCAACAUUAUUACAAAAUUCAGCGAAUAAGCUCCGUCCAAUAAAUUGUUGAAUCAAUCAAUUGUCCUGUUACGUACGAUUGUACUCUUUUUGCAAAUUUGGGCAUUCAAUGUCUGUCCGUGCAAAUUUUAGUUCUAACAAACAUCGGAAAUACAUGUUUCGUUAUGAAACACUAACAGUUGUAAUAUUAAAAUUCAAAAUAAUACUUAUCAGCAGUAUUCUGUUUUGUACGAACGUAAUACAUUAUAUGUUAAUAUUUGACGUUUUGUAAAUAAUUUAUCAAUAAAUAUAAAUAAAUAAAUUGCAACUCUUUCAA